UGGCCAGUUCCAACUUCCCAGUGUGUGUUUGCCCUUGCAGGCUCGCGCCAAUCCAUAGCAUCCGAUUAAUGAUUGCGGGAAGGAACGUUCGAGUUGAUCAACCGCAACACUGGUAUAGUACUGACCUGUGCAGAACAUUCUUAACACCUGUGUAUUGCAGGCUCAUCAUUGUAAUGGAUACAGAUUCUAGUAGGACUCCGAUGCUCGGAUUUUCUGACCAGUUCCCAGCGUGUGUUUGCCCUUUCAGGCUCGCGCAUCAUGGUAGCACCUGAUCAAUGAUUGCGGGAAGGAACUUUUCGAACGUUGAUCAACCGCAACACUGAUAUGCUGGUACUAUAUAAUACUGGUCUGCGCCGGAUGUCCUCGAUACCCUUCCUCUGAUAUUGCCUCAUUAUCAUGAAUGGAUAAUAGUGAAAAACAGCAGUUGUGAGUGAUACAGAUUUACUACGCAUCCUGAUCGCGGCAAUUACUGCACCAGGUUGAUGCACUCGUACUCGGUUCUCGUGGCAAACAGUAUCCUGAUAUACGACCAUAUAGUGACUCUCCCAGAAGAAAUCACUUUUAUUUGGUGUCGUCCGAAAGCACGUUCUGCAGUGUUAUUUUUCAUCAAUCGCUAUGUCGCUCUGCUCGGCAAUAUCUGCGGCUUAGUUAUGGAUUUCCUGCCUGUUUCAGAUAAGAGCUGUUCGCACUACGUGUUAGCCAGACAACUGCUUAUUUAUUUUCAACAAUUCAUCGUUUGUCUUAUAUUGACCCUUCGCGUUUACGCUCUCUACGGAGGCAACAAGCGUUUGGUUAAAUGGAUAGUAACAAUCGGCCUUGGACUGGCGGGAGCAGCGUCUGCGGGAACUUUUGGCCACUUUUCAAGUAAUGAGACCAUCUUGCUAGGAAUUGGCUGCUAUGAAACAUAUACAGCAAAGACAGCCGCCCGUCUUGGGCUGGCAUGGUUGGCACUUUUUGUCUUCGAAUUACUGAUUUUUGCCCUCACAGUGUACAGGAUUUUCAGAAUUAGAGGUUUGUUGCGGUUGUCUCUGGUUACCAGGAGAAAUAUUGUUGAUAUCAUAUUUCACGACGGUGCGAUGUAUUUCGGGGCGAUGGUACUGUGCAAUAUACCGAACAUCCUGACAUACUACUCUGGUUCAGUUGCCACCAGAGGCAGUCUGGCCACAUUUACUAGCUGCAUGUCUGUUACUCUUAUAUCUCGGCUGAUGCUCAACCUGCACAAAUCCAUCAACGCUGGCAUCUUCUCCACCCCCGCCCAGGACGGCGACCACGGCCUCAUUGUUCUUACCACCAGGGUCGACGUACAGUCCGCUAUUUCCUCUCACCAUUGGUAGACUUGUAUUGGAUUCUGUUCCCGGAUCCCGCGUCGCGGAGAUUCUUGGAGAAAGGCUGGAUGAUGCAGUUACUGG